UCCCGAAUAGGCUUCAUUGAUGAGUCAUUGAAAGAAACGUUCAUCACUGCAUACUCGCUGAACGAACAACUUUGACAUUCAGCUAAAACUUAGUUGGUGAUCUUAUCUGACGAAAGACCAAGGUUAUAUCAUAAAUAACUGUACAAAUGUAUAGAUCAAAGUGUUUUACAGAUCGUUGAUAUUUCAAGAUGGCGGAUUCUAAAAAGCCGCCGAGCUCCGGACAAGGCACUGAAGAAAAUGUUCAAAAACAAGGAGCAGAAAAACGAAAAGAAUUUCAAAGUCCCAGCUUGCAUCCGGUGCAGCAUCGUCGACGUCGUCCAGAUGUGCGAAGUCGGUUACAACUGGAGUUCAAGGCUGCCCAUCAUACAAACAAUGGCGGGGCCUCCCCGAGUCUCAAAGAUCUUGGGUACAGAACAACAAUAGAGAGACUGCGGUCACAUGGUGGCCUCGAAUCUGCUGGCAAACUGCAAGUAAACAAUACAACUUACAACUUUACUGCUGACGACCUAAAUGAUCUCGGAGAAAUUGGCCGUGGAAACUAUGGAACUGUCAACAAAAUGUUACAUGAGAGAAGUAACAAAAUCAUGUCAGUCAAGCGUAUCCGGUCUGUGGUGGAUGAGAAGGAGCAACGAUCCAUGUUGAUGGAGCUUGAUGCUGUCAUGAGAAGCAACGAUUGCCCAUAUAUUGUACAGUUCUAUGGCGCUCUUUUUAAAGAGGGAGACUGCUGGAUAUGUAUGGAGCUGAUGGACAUUUCUUUAGAUAAAUUUUACAAAUUUACCUAUGGACAUUUACAAUCUCCGAUUCCCGAGGAGAUCCUAGGCAAAAUAACUGUAGCUACUGUCAAAGCUUUAAAUUAUUUAAAAGAAAAGUUAAAAAUUAUACAUAGAGAUGUAAAGCCCUCGAAUAUACUGUUGGAUCGUAAGGGAAAUAUCAAACUCUGUGAUUUCGGUAUCAGCGGCCAACUCGUUGAUUCCAUUGCCAAAAGCCGGGAUGCUGGCUGCAGGCCAUACAUGGCGCCUGAGAGGAUAGACCCACACCACUCCAGUAGAGGGUAUGAUGUUAGAUCUGAUAUCUGGAGUCUCGGCAUCACACUGAUUGAGCUGGCAACGGGUCACUUCCCCUACCCGAAGUGGAACAGCGUGUUUGACCAGCUGACCCAGGUGGUGCAGGGCCCCGCCCCCCAGCUCAGCCCGUCCGAGGGGCACUCAGAAGACUUCACAAACUUCCUCAACACAUGUUUAACUAAAGAUGAACGACAAAGACCAAAGUAUAACAAAUUGCUGGAGCAUGUUUUUAUCAAGCGCUACCAGGAGCUUGAGGUUGACACGGCAACAUACAUCAACAGCGUCCUAGACCAGGUCAAGGACACAUCACAGCUUGAACAGUCCCAGUCUUCAUAACAAUAACUGUUGCCUAGCAACCGUUCUCCCUUAGCAACUGUUUCUUAGCAACUGUUGUCAAGGCCAUGGUGGUAUAUGGUCAUUAGUGCAAUAUACCGUCUGCUGGUUAAAAUUUGAGGAUACAGUUUUAAGGACAAAGUGAAAAGGUUCUAUAUGCUACUUUAUUUUGAAGUCCUUGGAACCAUUUCACUUAAUCACCUUGACUGUUGCAUGUGAAAGAUAUUGUAUUGCUAUAACAUUCAAUUUGUUGUUACACUGUGAGUUAUAAAAGUCACCAUACACCAUAAAAAAAGUUGCCUAGCGACUGGAGCCUACUCGUAUUUAAACUUUCCUACCAUGCCAUAUAGUAUAUUGAUAAUGUAAAAUAAAUUAAGAAAAUUAAAUUGUCACAUUAAUUUAUGUGUAAACUGUAUUGUUGUCCAGUAUUCUCCAAUUUUGUAUUGCAAGUAAAUACGAAAUUUCAUUGCAAGUAAAUAUGAAUUUUCAUUCCUUCAAUUUUUGACAAGUAACAGUUAACCCCCUGAAUACCCUUAAGCUGGUAAGGAAUGUGGCUGUGAUUUUAAUGAUCAGAAUAUUGUUGUGAUUUAAUAUAAUGGAAAUUCCAUGGCAACUAGAUGUGAUGUUAUGAAUGCUGUGUAUUUGAUUGCUUACAAUGCUUUAGGACACAAGAGUUUUAUGUGUACAUUUCCAAAAUCUAAAAUCAACUUCUGGUAUGUUAACUUCUCAUGUUCUCAAUGGGAAAAAAAUGUGAGUCUUAAUUGGUUUUGCUCAAAAUGAAAGAUUUGUUCAGUAUCUUAUCGUUUUGAAUCAGGUUUUAACAUAGAAAUCUUUGUAGUGCGCAAAUGUAUAACAAAGAACCUAGUUUUAAUUGUUCGAAAUAUUAAAAUAUUUUAAUUCAAUAUCUUCAUCCAUUAUCAUAUAUACAUGUUAUUGUGUAAAUGACAUUUUCAGAACUAUAAACAUUUGUUACAAAUGAUGAGAUUAUGUAAAAGCAUACAUGUACAUUUUGUAAAAGCUUUUCCCCUGUCACAGCAUAGCACGUACAUGAACAUGCUGUUGUUGUUUUUAUCGUAGACAUUUAAGGUUGUGCUUUUUGUUCAACAUUGCUGUGUUUUAUUUUUAGAGAGCUGUUAAGCUAUAUUUUGAAUGCCUGUUAAGUUGACUGUUUAGAACAACAAAUGAAAGAGCACUGUACCAUGAUACUGGAUAUCAGUUCUUUAUGUAUUUAUACAGUUUAGUAUUUCAAACUGCAUUGUGGUUGGUUUUCCAUUGUUCAACAGCAGUGGAUUGUAUAGAAUUUUGAUAGGUUGUCCACAGGUUAUCUUUUGGCUAGUUGACUCAUUGAAAUGAUUUCAUUGGUUAGUAGUUUUUAUUGGAUAAAUAUUGACCAAUCAGUAAGCAUUUUGGGUGAUUUUGACCAAACCAAAAGCAAUGGGCUGCAGGUGUAAAAUAUAUUCCUCCCAACAAAUUGUGCAAAGAUGGACAAAACUCACUCAUGCAUUUUAACUGUAAUAAAUUCAAUAACAUUUUGACAUUAUUUCUAUCAUUUCUAUUCAUAAACAUCAAAGAAUGUACAACUUGUAUAAAAUUUAUAUGACCAUAUUGUUCGAAAAUGACGAAAAAAGUUGAAUAUUUCAGAAUGUCAAAGAGAAGCAAGAAUUUUGUCUGUCUAUGUAAAAUAGGUGGGGGUAUUUGUCCAUCUUCCUUUGUAAACCAGGAUAAAGGGUUGUCUGCAAGAAUGGAGUAACUACAAGUACCUGCAUUUAUAUCAGGGGUUAAAAACAGACUUGCAGGGACCCCUAAACUUUUUUUACAUACAGUAUACACACAUUUUUGUACAAAAUAUUAGUUUCACAAUACUGGUGUAUUUGUAUAGUUUCACAUGUUUUUUUACUGUGAUAAAAACAGUGCGUAAUUGUUAUACACUGCAAUACAUGCAUUUUAUAAAUUAUUUAAUUUAGGAUUUUUAUAACUUGUACAGUACUGCUAGAACGAUUAUUUUGAUCAGAUCACAUGAUGUUAUGAUCAUUGAAAGCAAAACAUCACCCUACACUUACUUCUACACAAAUCUGUUCUCUUUGGCUUUAUUAGUGAUUCCAUUUGGCUAAAAAAUAUCUCUAAUUACAUGAGUUUUAGGCCAUAACGUAAGAAAUAAGUAACUGUUUCAACCCUGCUCUGGUACUAUUGUUAUUGAGAUAUGGGAAAAUUGGACUUAUUCCGUGGUUAAACUGUCCACAUUUUGCCAUUCCAGCAUUCACUGCUUAUAAAGGGGCUGUCUGUGAGUUCCAAAAGAUUUCACAUUGAUUUGAUACAACUUUGUUGGUGUACAUUUUGUUUGGUGAGAGAAGCCAUAUGUAAAUUAAUAAAUCUUAUCACUCUCUCUCUUCAUUCAAGGUUUCUGGUACAAUUCUUCUUCUUUUUUCAAACUGAAAGUACCAGGUAUGUCCUAUCUGUAUAAUAAAAGCACCCAUAAAAGAAAUUGACUUAAUUCAGUACUUAUGUUACUUGACAAGAGGAGGAUAAUUUAAGCUUGUUAGAAGCACAUCUUAAGUCAUUCUUAGCUAGGUUUCCACAAACUUUUAUUGUGUAUUUUAUGUUGUGUUAUGUUUGUUGUUACAGUACUUACUUAAAUACAAGUGCUUCUGUAGCGAUUUGUGUAUGCUAAAUGUUCACAUUUCCAAGUCUGCUGUCAGGUUAUUUAUAUGUUGUAACUUUCCUUGCAUUACUCUGUUCAAACGUUGGUGUGCUAUGUACGUGUCUAUUUAUAGAAAGUGAGCUACAGGGCGCUUAUUGAUUUCAAGAUUAUGCAAUUGAUUUUGGCAACUUCAGUCGUAACUCUUCAGUUUUUACGGAACUCAAUCAUUGUGUUUAUCUCUAUUGAUGGUUCAUGUUUUUUUACAAAUGUAAUUAAGUUCAUAUAUAAACUCAUUGCGCCAAUCUUUUCAAUGUCCAUACAUGAAGUUAGGUAUUGAAAGAUCAUUUAAACGUCCUUGUAAGAUUUUUAAACGUUUGUACAAGAAGUUAAGUAUCAUAAGAUCACUAAAACAUGCUUUAUUUGUGUAGAGAACAAAAUGCAAAAUUAACACAUGUAGGUUCGAAGCAUUUCAAUCUGUAAUGAUUUGUUUUAAAAUUUAUUCAUCGUCUUAAUAGGAAUACAGGUAAAUAUUUGUAUAAAACAAUAAAUUGGGCAUUUCCUACUUUAUAAAAUACCCUUUGCUGUGUUUUGCUAACCAGACUAUUGCUAUGGAUUGUUGGAGAUUUGUGAAACAAAAGUAAUGCACAUUUUCUUGUUCAAAUUAAUUUAAUGAAUGUGUAUUUCCAGGUAUCAUGUAAGCAUCUACUUAUGUUGCAUUAUUUUGUAUUUCAAUUUUGUUGAUUGUUUUUGUCUGAAAUCUAAAUAAGUUUUCCAAAUUAGUCAUCAAAAAGACCAUACAUGUUUCAAAUUAAAUGAUGUAUAGUGGACAUGCAUUUGUAACUUUUCCAUAAUGACUAUGAGAUACAGUCCUGUACAUAUAUCAGCACAUAUUCUUAGUGUUUGUCAUAUCUGCCUAGGUUCUAUACCAGGUUUUAUUCAAUAAAUUUGUUGUCCUCCGUAAAAAUUAGUCCUGCGGUGGAAAAGGGACAUUUUCCUUCUUCGAAAUUGUGUGCUCAUAUUUUUGUAUGUAAUUUGAAGUUGUAGGAAAAUUAAAACAUUCAACUAGACAAACCAAUGACCUUUUCUUUUUACAAUGUGCACAUGGAUAAAUGUUUUCUUGAAGCCAGAUAUCUUUCCAUUGAAAUACAUCAUUCUGGGACAAUGUUUAGUAAAUCAUGGAAUCGAAAAACACAUUUGUGUAUAGAAUCAUGUGUAAAUCCUGUAUGAGAACUUCAUGUGCACAUACUAUUUCAUGUCAUUAAUGUAUAUAGUCCAAUACAUGUGUGAAUGCUGCACUAUGUCACAGUGAUAUAUGCCUUUAUAAAACAAUGAAAUAAACAACAAAAACAUCACAA